CAUCAAUACACAAUUGUUGUGGUGUCUAGAGCUUUUAUUUCCUCUCUCUCUCUCUCUCUCUCUCGCUCCCUCUCAGAUUAAUGGAGACCAUAACCAAGAAAGGGAUUAAGAACGAUUUGUUGGACGGUGCCUGCAUUAGAACAGAGGACUCCGUUUCGGACCCUUUGAAUUGGGGAGCAGCGGCGGGUUCAAUGACAGGCAGCCACCUGGACGAAGUUAAGCGCAUGGUGGCCAAGUACAGGAAGCCGGUGGUGAAGCUCGGUGGAGAAACCUUGACUAUCUCGCAGGUGGCGGCCAUAGCAAACCAUGACUCCGGAGUCAAGCUUGAGCUCGCUGAGUUGGCCAGGGAUGGUGUGAAGGCCAGUAGUGAUUGGGUCAUGGACUCCAUCAACAAUGGGACUGAUACUUACGGUAUCACCACUGGGUUCGGUGCCACCUCCCACAGACGAAGCAAACAAGGCGCUGCAUUACAAAACGAGUUAAUUAGAUUCUUGAAUGCUGGAGUAUUUGGCAAUGGAACAGAGUCAGCUCAGACUCUUCCUCACUCUGCCACAAGAGCAGCCAUGCUUGUUCGGAUCAAUACACUCCUGCAAGGCUACUCUGGCAUAAGAUUCGAAAUCCUAGAAGCCAUCACCAAGUUUCUCAACCACAACAUUACUCCAUGCUUGCCUCUCCGCGGCACAAUAACCGCCUCCGGAGACAUUGUUCAGCUGGCCUACAUUGCCGGAAUACUAACUGGCCGACCCAAUUCCAAGGCGAUCGGUUCAAAAGGCGAGACCCUCAAUGCCGCUGAGGUUUUCAAACAAGUUGGAAUUAGUUCCGGGUUCUUUGAGCUGCAGCCUAAGGAAGGACUUGCACUUGUGAAUGGCACUGCUGUUGGCUCUGGCUUGGCCUCCACGGUUCUUUUCGAGACCAACAUCAUGGCUUUGCUGUCCGAAAUCUUGUCUGCGGUUGUCGUUGAAGUGAUGCUGGGGAGGCUCGAAUUUACAGACCACUUGAUACACAAGUUGAAGCACCACCCUGGUCAGAUUGAGGCUGCUGCAAUUAUGGAAUACAUUUUGGAUGGCAGUUCUUAUGGUGAAGUUGCUAAGAAGCAAUACGGGCUGGACUCUCUUCAGAAGCUUAAACAAGACCGCUACGCUCUCCGAUCCUCACCACAAUGGCUCGGUCCACAAAUUGAAGUUAUUCGGUUUUCCACCAAAUCUAUCGAGAGGGAGAUUAAUUCUGUUAGUGACAACCCUUUGAUUGAUGUCUCAAGGAAUAAGGCAUUGCAUUGUGGCAACUUUCAGGGUACCCCAAUUGGAGUGUCCAUGGAUAACACUCGCUUGGCAAUUGCGUCCAUUGGAAAGCUCAUGUUUGCUCAAUUUACAGAACUUGUCAAUGACUCUUACAACAAUGGCUUGCCAUCAAGUUUAUCGGGUGGGAGGGACCCAAGUUUGGAUUACGGCUUCAAGGGAGCUGAGGUUGCCAUGGCAUCUUAUUGUUCAGAGCUUCAGUUUCUCGCGAAUCCGGUGACUAACCACGUCCAGAGUGCUGAGCAGCACAACCAGGAUGUCAACUCAUUGGGGAUGAUAUCGGCGCGAAUGACCAGAGAAGCUGUUGACAUAUUAAAGCUCAUGUCUUCCACAUUCUUAGUAGCGCUCUGCCAAGCUAUUGACUUGAGGCACUUGGAGGAGAACUUAGAGAGCACAGUUAAGAACACUGUGAGUCAACUGGCCAAGAGGGUUUUGACUACUGGCACCAAUGGGGAGCAUCAUCCGUCGAGAUUCUGCGAGAACGAUUUGCUUAUGGUUGUUGAAAGGGAGCACCUUUUCGCCUACAUUGACGAUCCUUGCAAUGCUACAUAUCCCUUGAUGCAAAGGCUAAGGCAAGUGCUUGUUGAACACGCUUUGAAAAACGGUGAGAAUGAGAAGAAUGAACACACUUCAAUCUUCCAAAAGAUUUCAGCUUUUGAGGAAGAGCUGAAGACCAUUUUGCCUAAAGAGAUUGAGAGCGCUAGGGCUGCGUACGAGAGCGGGAAUGCUGCGAUUCCCAACAGGAUCCUGGAGUGCAGAUCUUAUCCUCUGUACAAAUUUGUGAGGGAGGAGUUGGGGGGAGAGUUCUUGACGGGCGAAAAAGUCAGGUCCCCCGGGGAGGAAUGUGACAAGGUGUUUACAGCUAUGUGCCAGGGAAAAAUCAUUGAUCCCAUUCUCGAUUGCCUCAGUGGUUGGAACGGUGAACCUCUUUCGAUUUUGUUGCCCGAAUGAGUAAUGUGUGUCUUUCUAUUCCACUUCUUCUAUCUCUAUAGUCUUUAGGGGGGGUGUAUUCAAUCUGGAAUGAUUCUGUCUGACUUUUUAUAAUCCACGUUUGAAUAGAUUUCAAUGUAUUGUAUUAACAAGAUUUGUUUGGAUUUUAAUAAGUACAUGGAUUGUCCUUAUAACAAUAAUAUAAUAAAGACCAAAAUAUGUACUGUGUAAUCCAUGAUUCUACCAUGUUACUCUAGAUGUGUCUUAAAGAGAAGUUCCGUUGUUUAAGGUGAGGGUUAUG